AGAAGCUGGGAAGUAGGAAGACUGCACCUAUCUGAACCUGAGGCAUCAAGUUGUGCCCAAAUGGGUGAGAAGGAAGUAGAGCUACCCUGCUCUUCUCCAAGGCAGAGGACAGGAGGAAGCAUUUUUUGCUGCAGGUCUGAGAAAGGGCAGGCUGGCAUGGAGAAAGAGAAGUUCCAGCAGAAGGCUCUGAAGCAAACUAAGCAGAAGAAAUCCAAGUCGGCUGAAUUUCUGAUGGUAAAAGAAGAGAGAGCAGCAACAGAAGGCCUUGAAAAUCCAGCUUUUAACAUCAGCAGCACAGAUCUUUCAGCAUAUCAGCCUUCAGAAGAGAAAGUUAUUAGACAUGACAAGCCAGAUAGCACCCUUGCAGCUCACCAACAAAAACUCGGGCUGCAAGCCCAUGCUGAACCAAGAGAUCCUGUGAAAUUUGAUGAGCAAAUCCUUUACUCUAAACUGAUGAAGCUUCUAGAUGAAGAAAACAAGAUGCUGGACUUCCAAGCCCGUGUCGUCAGUGAAGAUUUUCCGGACGCUGUAACGCCUGUCAGCUCCAGUAAGGCAUGUGACCUUCACAGGGAGCUCGAAGAUGAAGAGAUUCCUUCAUAUAUCGAACAGUUUGAGACAGAUGUUCAGAAUGACAUAAUUCUGCUUGGCAGCUUUUCACUGGAACAGCACAAGGGAGCUUCUCACCACAAGAAACAAAAGUGGAGAGCCAGGAUUCAUGAACUCUUUCAAAGAGUAGGAAGUCAGCUACUGAAAACAGAGCAGAGUGGAAUUGAAGAAGAAAUGGUAGCCAGCUUUGGUAACCUUACAGAUGUGAAUACUGGAUUAAAUGGAGCAGCAGGACCUCGUGGGAAGGCUGACUGCUCCAAGAUGCCACAGCCACUAGAAAUUCACCUCAGAUGCCUGAGGGGAGUCAAAGAUAAGGUCCCUAAAGGCCUCUACACUCUCAAAGUUUCUGUCCUCAGCCGCUUAGGUGGUGCCUUGGUGGAGUGGCCUGAACUGGAGGAGCAGCCUCAGGCCAGGACGACACGGCCUGUUAGUCAUGGUGGAAACUUCUACAACACUGAAAUCUACUUUGGACAAAGUAUCCAGACAGUUCUACCAGAUAGAAAAGCUGUGAAACCAGGCAUGGUACUCCUCUUUGAACUCUUCCUUCUUCGUGGCACCUAUACCUGGAUUGAUCGAGAAGUGGGAUGGGGAGCUUUUCCCUUAUGUGACAGCAAUCUUAAUGCUUUGGAGGGAAAAUUUAAAUGUCCCUUCCUCAGAGGACAUUAUGACUCCAGAAUUGACCGGUUCAAAAAAAUUGAAAAUUUUAUUUCUCAGGACUUGGAUCAUUGGUUAUGCAAUCUCUACUUUCAGAUAAUUAAACUACCGCAGGAUUCAGAUAAGCAAAAUAAGCAUGGUAUGCAUGUUCAUCUGCCACCUGAACUUCUUAUGUAUUCAAGCACUGCUGAAAAGAAUGGUGUCUCAGAAAAUGUUGUACAGUCUGGACCACAAGGGCAACCUCUGACCUCCCCAAAAGAUCCUGACACCCAUAAGGGAAGUAUUCCCACUGUUGUAAAGGAAGUGGAAAAGCAGUUUAAUGCUGCGAAAGGAGGAGAAGCGUGCGUGUCAGAAGAAGCUGUGAGGAAAAGAGAAGAGCAUAAAAUGCUUCCAGCAGAGGGUUACCAAGAUUGCUGUGGCAAUGCAGACAAGCACUGUGGCUCGUUUUGGCUGAAGGAGGUCCAAGAAGGUCAUCACAAGGUCAGCAGGAAUAACCCACCUGACCAAUGCUGCGAAUUAAAAUCAGGUCCAGAGAACAGUGCAAGCCAAGAAGAAGGGAAAACAUCUGCAGAGAGCAAUUUUUAUUUGGAAGAGUUGGAGAAAUAUACCUUUUCUGUGUGCUGCCGCUCUGCUGCUGCUGCUGAUGUGAAGCUGUCCAGGCAGGCUGUGGAGCGUUUCCAUUUCGUGGUGUACACGGCCUUUUCAGAGCUGGGAGCCACACGCUGGCGCUCCAGGGACUUCUGGCUGCUUGCACUGCUGGUGGUUGUGCUUUGGUUCCUGAGACUUUACCUGCAUUAUCUGAGCCAGUGGCUCUUCCUUUGGACCAUCUCAGUUCCUGUUGCAAAAUUCCAGCUCUUCCCUCACACUGUGGAACUGUGCUACCAGAACUCCUUGCUGCACACCAGUGAAGAGUUGGCCAUGGUUGUGGUGGGACCCCUAACCUUGAACGCAGGGCUGCUUCUCAUGGUCCUGAUCAGAUGGGGCUGUCAGCAGCUGUUUGACUCAUUCCCUCCCUUCUUGUCAAAGUUUAUCAUAGCUAUGGGACUAUGGACAGUGCUGGACCCCUUGGCAGUGUUUGUAGUGGAUUCAUUCCUGGGGCGGUUUGGGGACAGCGUAGAGAAACCCAUUGCUGAUGCUGCAAAACUCUCCUGGGUGUUUCUAAGAGCUGGGGAGUCAGGAGUUCCUGGUGCCUUAAUCACAGUGAUGCUUUAUAUCAUCCUGUUCAUGAUCUCAUCCACAGUGUUGUACCUGUAUUUUUUAAGGCUACAUAGCGAAGGUUGGCUGUUGGAUGUAUUUCGACGCAUCCAUGGUGAGGAAGGCACAUUCUUUGUUCCACUGGACUUGGAGAUUUCCAUCCAGGAACUGAGCUACAUUAUGAAGAGGGCUGAGCAGUGGAGAGGAAUCAAUGGUGAAAGACGGAUGGUGGCAGUGUCUGAUUACAUCUGGAAGGACCACGCCAGCCAGCCUGGUGGCUCCAGCUGUGACCCCCAGCGCCAGCAUGAAAUCCCCCGCGCCGCAGCCAGCCGGGAAGGCAGCACCACUGUUCACAUCUGUGUCUACACGGUUCACCUCAGCGGCUUCCAGGAGCUCCACAGGCGCUUCCUCAGGCUGCCUGAUGGGGCUAUCAUCGAGGCAUUUGGUGAUGUUGGUGAGGAAAGUCUUUUGUGUAAAGUGAGCACAGACCAGGAGCAUAAAAGGGAAAAGGACAGUGUGCUGUGCGUAUCUACAUGUAUCAAGCUGAGGGAGAGGAAAAAGAGUACAGCAAGGUGGAAAGGAAAUCGCAUUGUCCCUGACAAGAGCUAGUUCCUGCAGUAACACGUGGCCUGUGGAGUUGUUUACAUCGUGAUCCACAUCCAUGGUAUGGCUACUGUCUGAUAGGAUUUAUAUUUCUGAUGGCUGCAUCUCUGCCCAUGCAGCGUUGUCCUGCGAAUGCUCCCUUCAUAGCUCCUCUGUGGCUUCAACAAGCUGUGCAGUGUGGUGAAUUCACAGGAUCAGAUCACAGACUGGAUCAUGGAAACAUAAUUAUUUCAUGUGACUUUUUCUCCCUUCACAGUUGUGGGACAUUGCUAGAUUUCUCAGGUUUGCUUGUUUCUGCUUUUUCAUCUUUGCUUGUGCAUGUUAACUGUAGUGGGGAAAAUGUUGCUGAUUUGUCUUUCAGAUUUCAUGACUAAAACAUUGACAAUUUUCAGUAAUUAUUCCAAGCACAAUGCUAUUGUAAUUGCAAGACUGUGAGAACACCCAGAAGAGGAGCAAUGAUGACUUCAUCCACCAGUUCGCCAAAUCCCAACAUGCUGCAAAAUUUACAAGAUCUGAGAAACCAUUUUUUCUGAAGCAUUUGUGGUGGCCAUGUCCUGCUUUCCUGUGAGCUACAGCAGCUUAAAGCAUCCUGGAGGUUAUGUUCAUGCUUUCUUAGAAGUAUUGGAGUUAGAACCAGCCAGUUCUCUUUAGUUAGAACUAGUCAGUGCAUAUUCUCUUUGGCUCCAUACAAAUGUAUCAGAAAUUGUCCAUGCCUCAAAGGCAAGAACUAUGAGAGACAACAGAAGAAGGUGGGAAGGGGAACACAGGCAAGAAAUGUGAAAUAAUUUGUGCAAGGACACCUAAGUCAGAGGCAAAUGGAGAAAUACAGGGCAAGCUUCCAGCAUCCUGAUUCAGUCUUCCUUUUUUGUCCUGAAAAUGAAGCUAGAAACCGGAAGAAACUUACCUUACUGCUAUUUUGAAUAGUUUGUGUAGAAUUCUGUAGUCAAGGUAGUAAUCAGUGAAUUUUUUUAGCAUGUUAUGAUUUUCUGGUGUCUCCUUGUUCACACUGCUAUGGUAAAAGUUUUUCAGAUGCAUUUAUCUUUGUAAGAUCUUACUCAGUAUUUUGAGCAUCAUUGAUUAAUAGCACUACUUAAAUCUAUAGUUCUCAUCCACCUGCAUAAACAUUAAAUUACAUUAGGUAGCAACCUAAAGGUUUAAAGGUCACUUCUGAGCACAGUUUUAGUUUGGGAAUACAAGGUUUGGUUUCCACCUUGUUACUUGUUUUCUUUUUUUUUCUUUUUUUCCAGUUUAUUUGUGUGGGUGUGCAUAUGUCUGUGGGUAUUUUAUGACUUAUGCCCAGGCAGAAAGGGUGUUAAAAACUUCUGAAUAUCUACAAGAAUUGAUGUGAUUUUUGUGGCUUUUUUUGCAUAAGAUAUUACUUGGAUUACUUCUCUCUGUCAUAACUGGAAUAAAAUUGCCUUUUAAUGUUUGCUUUGCCUGUUGACACUUUAAACUUUUCUGCAUAACUUUGGUAAAGAAACUAGCUGAAGAGAAACCACCCAGUAACCUAUUGCAGUUUCUGGGUGACAGUACCAAGAUGCUUUGGGCAGUAUCUUACUAUGUGUAUCUUCCUGGCCUCGGUUUUGCCUUUCAGCAUGACUGACUAUAAUGGUAAAAUCCCUUUGGCCAAUAUUAUACCCUGAGUUCUCACCACUGAGUUAAGAUAUCCCAGUCUGGUUCUGUGAGAUUUUUACUUUGGUGUUCGUAAUACAGUGUUGGAAUUUAGUCAGAUGGUGGACUGACUUUAUGUGUAGAACCACCAUAGCUUAAGUUCUGAUAGGACUGUGUUGAUUUUUCUGACAAAUAUGGCUCUAGUACUGAAACUUUGUUCGGCAUGAAGGACUUGACUGACCACUUUGAUUCCUCCAGUUAUAUUGGAUUAUC